GCGGCGUCCCCGGGCGGGAGGGCGGAGCGGCCGCAGAACGCGCGGAGGAUGUGGACGCUCAGACGCCGCUGGGCUGCCAGCCUCCUACCCCGCUCUGCGCUACCUCGCCUGGCCCAAAUCCGAGCUGGGACCUCACGGCCGGCGAAGAACAUCCCACUCAGCAGCCGCGGAGACCUGCGCUCCGGGACCGCCGGGGCCUGCGUGACCAGCCAUGCAAGUUUGAGCCUCCAUUGCCCCACCCAGAUGCUGAAUGUGAAAAAGCAAAAUGUCUGUUUGAUGAACUUGAGAACAACAGGAACUUUGGGCAACCCAGGCUCCCUCGAUGAGGCCACCUACGAAAGACUAGCAGAGGAGACCCUGGACUCCUUGGCAGAGUUUUUUGAAGACCUUGCAGACAAGCCUUACACAUUCGAAGACUAUGAUGUCUCCUUUGGGAGUGGUGUUUUAACAAUUAAACUGGGUGGAGAUCUAGGAACCUACGUGAUCAACAAGCAGACCCCAAACAAGCAAAUCUGGUUGUCUUCGCCAUCCAGUGGACCCAAGCGCUACAACUGGACUGGGAAGAACUGGGUGUACUCCCAUGACGGUGUGUCCCUCCAUGACCUGCUGGCCACAGAAAUGACUAAAGCCUUGAAAACCAAAUUGGACUUAUCUUCUCUGGCCUAUUCUGGAAAAGACACUUGACGCCCCGCCCAAUUCUAAAGACACUGAAAACUAUAAAGCCAAGACCCCAGCUUCCUUCUGCAGCUGAAUGUCUAGGUUGUUCCAUUCCCGCUUUUGAGGACAGUUGCUUUGUGUGUGACAGCUCUGGGGAGAGAAUGCAUCACCUCCCACUCUGCCCCUGCCUCCAGAUUUUUAGUUUUCAAAGUGAUUUUGGAUUUAUUGCCUCAGUUCCUCUCUCACAGGAUAUCCCGUAUCUUUAUAAUGCCUAUAAACCCAUACCUUUAAAUAUAACCUUGCAACAGAGAAAAAGAAUAAGAAGGAAACAUUCUGAGAGCAGAAAUAAAUGGGCUCACUAUUCAUUCUUUGAAGGACUUGCUGAAAAGCUGCAUGAAGAGUGGCCGAUCUCACCAUUCUGUCUCAAAAUGAGACUCAUUAAACAGGAGCCUAGAGAUGUUCCCACACCUCUUGAAAACAUAAACACUUCUAAGCCUGUUUCUAUUGAAGUGUCAAUGGCAGCUUGGGAAUUCUCAAACUGAAGACUAUUCUUUCUUCGUGCUCUGUGUCUGCCAGGGUGUGUGUAGCCUGCAAGGGGUAACUCGAAGAUAUGGUGCUGUUUGUCCCAUACAUGCAUAUAUAUGUGUAUACACACACAUUUAAGUAUGUGUAUAUGUGUGUAUUUAAAUCUCUUUUUUAAAUGUUAGGGUCAAUAUAGAAUCAGCUGCUGCAACACAGGUCUGAAAAUGCAAAAAAUCACCCAAAGACCAGGGCGGGGGGCGGGGAGCCAUCUUUAUAAGCUUGUGGAAGCUCCUCGUGAAUUGUGAAGGGCCACACAAAUGGAAGAGAUGUUUGUGUUAAUGCAAAGAACCCUGAUUUACACUAGGCUCAGCCCAAAGUGCUGUCUGUCUCGGGGCAAGUUUCACAGACUCGCUGAACCUCUGUUUUCCCGUUUGUUAGGUGAAAGAGUUGAACUGGAUAGAGUAUAGAUUCCCAGUUCAGACACUCACUACUUCUGUUAGGCAGCCUAACAGCCUAGCUUUAAGUCCCUCUGAUAUUCUGAUAGAUGAGGAGAUGACAAUGAUCAGUUUUUUAAGCUAUAGAAUAAAAUACAUGGUUAUUCGCACUACUUGAGUGUCCACUGAACUCAUGUUCAAAUAGUAGCCAUCCUUUAUUGUGCCCAUACUAUACUAACCAAUGCUACAGACUGCUUAUGUUCCCCCAAAAUUCGUAUGUUGAAUCCUAAUCCCCAAAGUGGGGAUAUGAUAAGGUCAGGCCUUUGGGAGGUGAUUAGGUCGUAAGGGGUGAGCCCUCAUGAACCCCCUUGUGAAAGAAACCCCACAGAGCUCCCUCUCGCCUUCACCAGGUGAGGACCAGCUGCCCCUGAACCAGGAAGAAAACCAGGCCCUGGUUUUCGACUUCCCAGCCUCCACAACUGUGAGCAGUACAUUCUUGUUCUUUACACACCACCAGUUUGUAGUGUUCUGUUACAGCAGCCUGCACAGACCAAGUCAGCCUACUAUACCACAUGGCCUCAUUUUAACACCCUUGGGAACAUUAAAACUCAUCCAAAGUUACAUCCAUUAUUCUCUUAAUAAAGAAGGAUUUAUUACUGACAAGUCUA